AUGCUGGGCCGAUGGACUUGUCGCCUGAACCCACGUUUGCGCGUACGUAACUGGCCGCCGACGGCACAAUGGCGUCAGUCGUCGACCUUUGUUCCCGGUCGCAUACUGAGAGGUGACGACCUUGGACCUACUCGCACAGAGGGCCACCGAACGUUUCGUGAACGCAAAGACGAGCAGGCUAAGGCGCUCCCUCUGCCCCCUUUACUCGAUCCAGUCGCAUUAGAGGAUAGACAUAAAUGGCAACGACCAAAGGACCGGCCGAAGCACGCUGAAUUCACGCCUUUCCAAAAGAAAUUAUGUGAAAUUCCUUUCGCGCGCGUGUUGGCAUCACCCGUUCGCCAGUGUCGACUCACGACCAUCCUGCUCCCUAGUGACCUUCUGAUGGCUGUAUAUCCGCGGCCACAUCCCGAGACCAAUGACCCCUGGCUACUCCCAGUCUCACUCGUAAGCGAACAAAGUCACCUUGGUCCACCGUUAUAUUUCGUUGGCCAUCGACAUGUGGCUACUCAAUUGGGCAAAAAGAAGACAUGGGAGAAGGUGCUUCCUCUUCGCAUGGUCGCGAAGCUGAGCGGUCUUAAUCUGAAGAACAUGAUCUGGAGAGAAGACAUGCCUGAUCUCAUCCUGCAGGCCAUGCGUAACAAGGUCUCCAAGAAGCUGAGCUCCAUUUUCAUCAUUAGAGACCGUUUGAUUCCUGUCGCAAGCCCACGAGCAGAAGAUAUCGAGCACGUAGACGACGUGUCUUGUGUCCUGCUGUUUGGAUCGCUUCGUACUCGUGCCGAUGAAUAUCACGAGAAGCUUAUCCAGAUCCAACAAGAGCUCGAAAAGUGGGCAACGUAUACUCUCAAGCACUUCGCAGCUAAGAUAGAUCCACAUGCCUCUCCAGACGUCACUCACCAUUCGCCGAAUUGGUAUGCCGAGCCUCUCGUCCCUCGAUUGCAACCACGACUGAAGUUCCCAGAGCUUUCUAACCCUACAACAAUAUGGCGGGGGAGAAAAGUCGCCCUGUAUAGUCUGACGGAUCUGUUGGGCGAGAAAAAAGCCCAGGAAUUGGUCAAAGGAAACGGCAGCAAGUACGGGGAUGCAAAAUGCGUGGCUAUAACGAGAUCUAAGCACCACGCCCCGGCCGAGAUAUCACUCAUGCAGCUUCAGGCCUACGUCGCCCGCCCUGCUCCUUGA